AUGCAUUUGCAUUGCGAGUGUUGGACACAACUAUUAUCACUACUACUCCUCACAAUAGUCACCGUAUUUGUGAUCUCAUGUCUUGUGCUGCGACUCCUAUCCACUCGCAUACCAGUCAUUCGUCGCGAAGAGUCUGAGCACUACUUCACGGACCCGAAGACCAAACAAAGACAUCGCUUCCCAUCGCUGCUAUCAUCGGACGAGCCUUCCGUCUACCUAUCGGUGAUCGUCCCGGCGUUCAAUGAGUCGCAACGGCUGCCGAAGAUGUUGGACGAGACCAUCGACUACUUGGAGACCAGAUGUCGCGCGAAGACCACACCAUUUGGUGACCAACUGUUCGCAUACGAGAUAAUAGUGGUCGACGACGGCAGCGACGACCGCACCACUCAUGUGGCGCACGACUACUCACUGAAGUACGGCUGCGAACGGAUCCGAUGCCUGACACUGGCCUACAAUCGGGGCAAAGGAGGCGCCGUCCAGUUGGGGGUGUUGUGCGCGAGGGGUCGGCUCGUGUUGUUCGCCGACGCGGACGGCGCCACCCGUUUCGCCGACUUCCAGAAGUUGGAGGACUUUGUGGCCAAACACCGGGACUCGACGCGAUCGGCGCUGGCGAUUGGCUCGCGAGCGCACCUCCAGUCCGAGGCCAUCGCCACCCGUUCCCUCUUCCGGACGGUUCUGAUGCACGGCUUCCACUUCGGCGUCUGGCUUCUGACCGUACGUACAGUACGUGACACUCAGUGUGGGUUCAAACUGUUCGAGCGGUCGAUGGCGAGGACACUGUUCCAGCACAUCCACUGCCAGAAGUGGGCCUUCGAUGUCGAGCUCCUACUCAUCGCCGAGAAGUUGGGCGUAAAUAUCGGAGAGAUCGCCGUCCGGUGGACAGAGAUUGAGGGCUCGAAAGUGGUGCCCGUCUGGAGUUGGCUGCAAAUGGGUAAAGACGUGGCGCUUAUAUCCCUGAAGUACGCCAUCGGCGCCCAUAUAUACCCCAAACAUUCCGACAAUAACUGA